CUUCGACGUGUUCCCUCCUCACGAGGCGAUGCUUUCUUGUUGCCUAAGAAGCGAUUCUUUGGAUACGACGUGCCUUGUGCAUUGGGACGGAGUGUAGGCAACACGGCGGUGUAUCGGAACGUCCAAACCUUGAACGGUGAACCUAGAGGAACUGCUAAAAAUAUUGCAGAAUUGCCUUUACGAAAUAAACACGAUGAAGGUCGCGUUACUCGUCCUCACCACUGUCAGCGCAUGCGCAGCGAGAAAUUUUACGGGACUGCAAGCUGCUAGUAACUGCCUUGGCCUUCGCCUUCUGUCCGUUCUACCUCGAUCCACGGCACCAAACGUGUUUUAUUCUCCAUAUAGUUUGUCCGCCGCCAUGGGAAUGGUCUACGCUGUAUCAAGGGGAACGACGCAGGAGGAACUUUACAAUACCCUGGGCUACAGGUUGGCCCACAUCCCGAAGGACCGUGUGCUUGAAGAGCACAUAACCUACUCCAAAAACGUACUGGCGCCUUCAAAAUCGACUGUGAGCACUACAAACGCGGUAGUAAUUAGCGAAAGCCUUCAGUGCUUCGGUGACUAUGUGGAUACCUUGAAAAGAGCGUUCGACGCUCGCGUGCUGUGUAUUGACUUCGAUAAGAACGGAAGCACAGUCGUCGAUCGUAUCAACCGAUGGGUCUCCCAUCAAACUCGAGGUUACAUAAAGAACCUGCUGCAAAGUCCUUUUCCGCGUAGUUCUAAACUGGUGCUUUUGAACAUCAUCUACUUCAAGGGCAUUUGGCAGACUCAAUUCAAGAAGUCGGAAACAAUGAAAUUGCCGUUCUUCAACGACGGAAAGACGCCGGUGCUUGCGGAGACGAUGUGCGGUCGGAUUAACACCUCUCACGGAUAUUCCGAGGAACUUUCAUCCGCGAUUCUGGAUUUGCCUUUUCAAGGCAGAGACUACAGCAUGACAAUUAUUCUGCCUUCGCACAGAAUGGGCGUCAAGAAGCUGAGGCGUCUUUCGCUGGGUUCCCUUCAAGCUGCGCUGAAGAUCAUGGUCAGGAGAGUUGUCAAGGUGUACCUUCCGAGGUUCAAGUUCGAGACCAAGUACUUGCUAAGCGGUGCUCUCGCAAAACUUGGCCUGAGGAGGAUCUUCGACCCACGCAGAGCCGAUCUGUCGGGCAUCACGGGCCACAGACGUCGCCUGCACGUGGACGAAGUGGUGCACCGAGCGGUGAUCCGGGUGGACGAAAGCGGAGGCACGGCUGCCGCAGCCACCGCAACGAUGCUGCGCAAGUCUCACUCGAUCGCGCGCGUGUUCCGGGCGCACCACCCGUUUCUCUUCCUCAUUCGAAAAAGAAACGACAACAGCAUCCUCUUUGUCGGAGAAGUCAACAGGUUGUGAACGACCGAAGUAUCUGAGAGCACCGAGGACCUGCCUUCGCCAUUGCCUCACCAACGCUGUGAAACGCAGUGAGAGGCUGCCGGUCAACCCUUAACCAGAACCGACUGUGUUCCCCAGAUAAAGAAAAAGGGCUAAUCCGUUCCUGGCCUAUUCGUAUGGGCCGCUAAUACCUCCGUGAUUCCCAUCGUUCAAGCGGUAUCCCUGUAGUAAUGCUGCGACGGGGGAUAGCUGGAGAGACAUCACGGCUAGAAAGCUCUGCUUAGAUGGAACAAAGGACUGGUCAGGAAUAGAAAGACAACGUGAAGGGGCGAAGUCGCAACUGGGUUAUUUAUUCGUAACAUCAUGCGCUUUAUGUACAGUUCUAAAGAACAACAUAUACCAGAAGAAACAGGCAAGAAAAGAAACAUGCGAUUAAAGUAAGCCAACUUACUUCCUUCUUAACA